AUGGUAGAGAUGAAAGAGAACAUGAGAAAAGCGAAUCUUGAAGAAGAUUUGGUCCACAGACCUGACUCCCCCUUUACGGCUUCCAUCAACGGUCACCCUCUACCACCAAAGUUCAAGUUGCCUUCUCUAGAUUCAUAUGAUGGGACACGAGACCCUUUUGAUCACAUUUCCACCUUCAAGACCACUAUGCAUCUUCAAGGGGUUCCCAAUGAAAUAAUGUGUAGAGCCUUCCCUACCACCCUCAAGGGCCCAACACGAGUGUGGUUCGGCAAAAUACCCCCAAAUUCAGUAAGUUCUUUUGAAGAAUUAAGCAAGUUGUUUGUCAAUAACUUCAUCGGAGGACAGAGACACAACUCUUCUAGCCUGUUGAACAUAGAACAGGGGGAAAAGAAAAGAUUGCGGUCCUUCAUCACCCGCUUUAAUAGGGAAGCCUUGGUGGUGGACAAGAUGGACGAUAAGUUGCUAUUGGCAGCUUUCCAUAAUGGAGUUAAUUCAGAUUUGUCCAUCCAUAAGCUUUACAAGCAAGAGCCUGAAACUAUGGCUGAACUUGUCCAUUCCACUCAGAACUUUAUGAACGCAGAAGAUGCGAUCAUAGCCAAGAAGUGGAAGAGAAUUGAGAAAAUGGAAGCGAACCGCCACUCUAAACAAGGCCCUUGUCCAAAGAAGGGACAGAUGGAUGAUAAAAAAAGACCGAGAUAA